AACAGAGGAAGAUUAGAGAAAAUGGAGGCAGUAGUGAACUUGCUGGUGGAGAACUUGACGGAGUUACUGUACAAGAACUUCCAGCUAAUCUCCGACAUAAAAGACGACGUCAAAAAGCUCCUCCGCUACGUCAACGGCUUCAAGUCAUUCCUGAAAGAGUACCGGAAAAUCCGGACCAAAAACGACAUCGUUAAGCAGCUGAUGAAGGACAUCAUGGACGUCGUGUACCGGUCGGAAAACCUCAUCGACCAAUACGUGGUGGACGCCAAGGUCCACGGUCUCCUCGAUAUCCCCACCAAGAAGAACAUUGCGACAAAGAUCAAAGAUAUUCUCCAGGAAAUCAAGGUAAUUCAGGAGAAGACGGAGUAUCAGAAAGUCAUUGAAAAUAUAGUCUUGCCCCGAGACCAUACAUUCUCCCUGCCGCAGAAGGUACCCAGAGUGGAAGAAGAGUAUGUGGUGGGAUUUAAUGAAGAAGCAAAAAGGAUUAUCAAUCGCCUUAGGGAAGGCCCAAAUUAUGGGGUUAUUUCAGUGUUUGGUAUGCCGGGUUUGGGCAAAACCACACUGGCCAACAAGGUAUUCAAAUCUGAAGAAAUUGAAUAUCAUUUCAUGUAUCGUGUCUGGAUUUAUGUUUCUCAGUCCUAUAAGAAAAGGGAUCUUUAUCUACAAAUUCUGAAGAAACUACAACAGCCCUAUGAUUAUGAUACCAAUGUGAGUGAAGAAGAAUUAGCUAGCAAGAUUAAACAAGUUCUGGGGCCUGUCAAGUAUUUCUUUGUACUAGAUGAUGUUUGGUGUGAAGAUGCAUUCAAUGAUAUCCAGGAUGCUUUUCCAAAGAGCAAAGGUAGCAGAGUCUUAGUCACCACUCGGGAGGAGAAAGUGGCGACGAUUGUGAAUUCCCUGGGAGAGCCUCACCGGUUGAAGUUUCUAGAGCAUAAAGAAAGCUGGGAGCUACUCGAGAAGAAGGUUUUUCGUGAGGAAAGAUGCCCCGAUGACUUGAAAGAGUAUGGUGAAGAGAUAGCGAGGAAAUGCGAUGGACUACCACUAGCAGUAGUGAUAAUCGCUGGUAUUCUGUUAGGCAAAUCAAAAACUCGGUUAGAAUGGCGCAAUGUGGCUAACAGUUUCAGCGAUUUCCUUAGAAUAAAUCUAGACAGCUAUGAGACGUUAAUACAGUUGAGCUAUGACCAUUUGCCUGAUGACUUGAAGUGUUGCUUCCUCUAUUUGGGAGCCUUUCCCAAUGGCAAUCAUAUCCCCGCUGCAAAACUGAUGCAGCUAUGGAUUGCGGAGGGGUUCAUUGAGGAAGAAGGAGUAUUAACCAUGGAAGUCAUAGCGUGUGAAAAGUUGUGUAGUUUGGUUAGUAGGAAUCUAGUAAUGACAACACAGAGAAAGUCGAAUGGUCAAAUUAAAACUUGUCGCGUUCAUGACAUGUUGCUCCAGUUCUGCAAGAAGGAAGCUAAGGGCGAAGGCCUAUUCAACGAAAUCAAUGAAAUUAAUGUCAGGAAUCAACAGGAUGUUUGUCGCCGACUAAGUGUUCACUGCCCUUUUAAGGAGUUCAUUUCUUCAAAGCGAGAUCCAGAACAUGUCCGGUCCUUAUUAUGUUUUGCCUCGAAUAGAGUUGAGAUGCCUCCAGAAAUCAUUCAAGCACUCCGCAAGGCCUUUCCAUUGCUAAGGGUGUUGCACUUUGCACCAGAUGAAUCUGUCAUUUUCACGCGUUGCCAUAGAGACUUUUCUCGGUUAUUUCAUCUUAGGUACAUUGCUAUCUCAACUACACUCAAAGUCCUCCCUACCGAGAUUGGGAACUUGCAAAAUUUGCAGACUCUUAUAGUUAGGACAACAGAGAAUACUCUUAAAAUUAAAGGCGACAUAUGGAGCAUGUCAAGGUUAAGGCAUUUUCAAACCAACUCUUCUGCCGAACUUCCUUCACCUUCUUCUCCCAAGACUAAGGAUGAUCCCUUUCCAAAUCAAAACUUGCAAACCCUUUCCAAGGUUUCGCCUUUAAGCUGCACGGCUGCUGCACUUGCCAAGGCCCCCAAUCUCAAGAAAUUGGGCGUUCGGGGGACUUUGGCUAAACUAUUGGAGACAGACAAAAAAAGUGGAUCUAGUUUGUUCAAAAACCUCAGAGAGUUUAAGUUGUUGGAAAAUCUAAAGCUGUUGAAUGACGGGGAGGAACUACAACACCUUCCUCAGAAGUAUGAAUUUCCAGUGAACCUAACAAAGCUGACCCUGUCAAAGACCUCUCUCCAUUGGAGCGAAUUGGCGGUAUUGGGAACACUUGAAAAACUUGAAAUCCUCAAGUUGCUUGAGCAUGCUGCUGUAGGAGAGUGUUGGGAGCCAAUCAUUGGCGGGUUUCUUUGUCUUCAGGUCCUGCAUAUUGAGAGGACUGACUUAAGAUACUGGAAAGCUUCAAAUAAACACUUCCCAGGACUCAAGAGCCUUGUUCUUAGGCACUGUGAGAAGCUCGAGGAGAUCCCACAUGUCCUGGCUGAUAUACGCAAUCUUCAAGAGAUAGACUUGAACCACACCAAGAAGGCAAUCAAGUCUGCACAGAACAUACUCAAGCGGAAACAGCAGAAACAGGACCCAACUGAAAAAUGCACCCGCAGAUUCAAGCUCACUAUCUACCCUCCACUGGAUCCUUCUCAACAAAGCUAGCUUUGCCAGGUAUAUUUAAUGCAGCAGUGCUAGAACUCAUCAGCCCACUUUGAAUUCUUGAAGUUAAUUGUUACAAUCAGAGCAUUUAAGGGAUCUUUCUUUAGUUUUCUUGGGUGAUAGUGUGAUACUUAGAGAGUUAUGAUGUUUGGGUGUUGUUGAUUUCUUCUUGGUUCAAAUAGUUCCAUGCGUUUGAGUGUGUGGGAAGCUUCAUAGGCUGCCUCAGAUUGUGUUUUGAAACUUUCACUUUUCAUAUAAUGUGACAUGCCUUUGAUUUCUUCU